AUGUUCGACGACGGGCUAGAAGAAGCUAAGGCGGCUGAGAAGAAAGAGAAGGGGAAGGGCGGCGGUUUCUGGUGGUCGCUGUCGUCGGCGGUUGACGAUGGCGUUCCAGCUUCGCCACGGUGGCAACACCGAUGGUUGGUGCUCGAACUCGUCAAGGUGGCACCAGCCGGCGAUGGGGAUACAAGGUCGGCAACGGAGAUUGUCCAUCGUGAGGGUGACGGCCGGGAAAGGGGAUGUAUAAGGGUGACGGCCGAUACUGUGUCUAGGGAUAGGGUUGUUGACGGGCAAUCAAACAGUAAAUACCCGGCUCCAUGA